CGGAUGUAGCAGCUGCAGUCUACAGUAUAUCGGCAACCAUGUAGCUCAGAGAGCAAAAAUAUCCUUUUCCGACUUGGCUAAGUCUCGUGUCCUCAUAUUCAUUCAUGCCACCCUAAAUUAACUGUUUAUCAAAAUGUGUUUGAGGAAAUAAGUGGACGUUCUGAUGGGAAUUAUAAGGCGAGGGAGUCAACUGUGAAAUCGACGGUUAUUAAUAUAGAGGCACUGUCUGUCUGCGGGGACCAGCGGCGGUGUGCUUCUCUGAUUUAUUAGCCUAUCUUGGCGUUUUAUCGGGUUUAAAUGACUUCGCUAGUUCAACGUAGGGUGUUUUAGAACAAGGGGGAGGACGUUCAGGGAUUCGGUUAGUAGUUUGUGGCACCGCCAGGUCCGUGUAUCCGCGUUACCGCCCCGUUUUUUCUCCGGUUGAACCGUUCACGGCGCGGCCGGGAGAAGGCUGAACAUACGACUGUGGGCUCGGAAUAUCGCCACGAACAGCGUACAUCAUGGGGAAUACAACGUCCUGCUGUGUGUCGUCGAGCCCCAAGCACCGGAGGAACAACCACUCCAGGCUGGAGCCCUACCGGCCCGAGCCGGAGCUGAGCCGGGAGGACACGGGCUGCAACCUCCAGCACAUCAGCGACCGGGAGAACAUAGACGAUCUGCCCAUGGAGUAUAACCCAUCAGAUCAUCCCCGAGCCAGCACCAUCUUCCUCAGUAAAUCACAGACUGAUGUUGCUGUUCCCAACAAGAGAGUUCGAGAAAAAAGGAAGAGCCUUUACAUCAAUCAUUUUACACACAUUUCGGAAAAUAAGCAUCACCCAGGUCCGGUGAGACGGAAGUACAGCUCGUGUUCCACCAUAUUCCUCGAUGACAGCACCGUCAGUCAGCCCAACCUCAAAUACACCAUCAAAUGCGUAGCCCUCGCAAUAUACUACCACAUAAAGAACAGAGAAGUCGACGGAAGAAUGUUGUUAGACAUUUUCGAUGAGAAACAGCACCCACUCUCGAAAUCUGAAGUCCCCCCUGAUUAUGAUAAACACGACCCGGAGCAGAAACAGAUCUACCGCUUUGUCAGGACGCUGUUCAGUGCUGCCCAGCUCACCGCUGAGUGUGCCAUCGUCACAUUGGUGUAUCUGGAGAGACUCCUGACCUAUGCUGAGAUUGACAUUUGUCCUGCCAACUGGAAACGUAUCGUGCUCGGAGCCAUCCUCCUGGCAUCCAAAGUUUGGGACGACCAGGCGGUCUGGAACGUUGACUACUGCCAAAUUCUCAAGGAUAUCACAGUGGAGGACAUGAAUGAGCUGGAGCGUCAGUUCCUGGAGCUGCUGCAGUUCAACAUCAAUGUGCCGUCCAGCGUUUACGCCAAGUAUUACUUCGACCUGCGCUCCCUGGCUGAGGCAAACAACCUCAGCUUCCCACUGGAACCACUCAGCAGGGACAAGGCCCAGAAAUUAGAAGCAAUCUCCAGGUUGUGUGAUGACAAAUACAAGGACUUGAGGAAAUUAGCCAAGAAGCGGUCAGUGAGCGCGGACAACCUGACAGUGGUGCGGUGGUGUCCAGCCAUCAUUUCCUAACACUGGGCUGUCAGGUGUACACACAGAGCAGAGGAAGAGAUAGACCUGUCUGUCAUAGACAAACUGUUAUUUCUGUCUGGCAAGCAGGGAAAACCAGGUGGGCAGCAGUCCUGUGGAUCAGUGGGUCUGUCUAGAAAACACACGCAUACAUACCAGAACACACACAUCCUCACACACACACAUACACACACACACACACACACACACACACACACACACACACACACUAUCUGGCAGUUUGACCAGUGUGGUUGCACCCUCUCUGUACAUAAAAGAAGUCCCACUGGCUGCCUGCACUGAACCAAACAGAGCUGAGCUGAACCAAACUGAAGUGUGUGACUGAAAGCAUGAAGGACGGAAGCCAAGUGGGAGUCCAAUUAGCAGUACAGAAGACUGUGUGUGAAGUUUGGAAAAGACACACGGAUCAACCUUAAUGUGAAACACAACACACGACAGUGGCAGCGACGGCGACAGCUCAACGCUGGAGAGAGGCUGUGUGCAUUCCUUUCAUUUAGAUCUUAUGGCUCCGUCGGUUUCGUGGCUGAAGCAUGAGAUGAUUUUCUGACAGCUUACAAACGCAUCUAAAAUUUUAAACGUCCUCAGUUUGUUUGUGUUUUUCUUUCGGUGUUUUAUCUGUUCACGUGCAUUCCCAUCCACCGCUCCACGGACAUUCCACUGUCAGCUUGAGUGUUGAUAAAUUUUGACUGACAUAUCAUUAGCCCCGCGUGACAAAAUAUUCCACUUGUUGUUGCCAUCAGCUGGAGGUGUCACUCACACACGCUGACGGUAAAUUUAAAGAAAUCAGUGUUUAGCUCCGGGCACUGUACUUCGCUUGUUGACGGGACCUCAGAACUCAACCUCUAAAACUCCCAGUCUCACUUUCUACAACUCAGCUGUCUCACAUACAGCUGGUGUUCAACUCAAAGCAAUACUCCAGCAUCGCUUUAUUAUUCUGAUUCGAUAAAGCAUGCAGAGGGGACUGUUUUUACAUGGGAGAAGACAGACUGGAAGACAUGGAGGUCCACUAUAGCGCUGGGUCAAAUGUGAGACAUACUGUAGAGUUUUGUUGUACUUUACUCACUGCCAUUGUCCUGACCUGUGGUGCCUGUAAUAAGCUAGUCUUAACACUUCUCCCCCUUUUUCUUCUGGAGAAAUAGAACAAAUAAAUCAAGUAUUUUUUUUUCUUUAACAUUUUAUACGGUUCUUCCAGCUCAUAAAGAAACAGCACAAAUGGAAUAUUGACAUUUAGAAACCACUAAAGGCAUGAUUCUUCAGGGUUUUUGUUCUAGAGCGGACCUAAAUGAAUGAAAAAAAAAAAGCAUUAUGUGAUGAUUGAACCACUGCUUACAAAAAGAUAGAUUGUAUAAUUUUUGCUAAAUUGUCUCUGUACAGUGUAAAUACGGCACCACUGCUGACGUCUUACUGUAAAAAAAGAAAAAAAAUGAAACAGAAUAAUGUUAAAAUAUUUAUAAUAGAUCAGUUUUUACUGUACAUGAGGAGGGAGGUAAAUAUGACAAAUCAAGUACAGAGAAAAGGUGAACUAUUGAACAUAAAUGGGAGACACCACUUGAGAUUUUUUUUUUUUUUCUUGUUACAAUGUUUUGCAGAGAAUGCCAACUUUCUAUAUGUUACAUACUGUACAUGGUUUAUAGACAAUACAAUCAAUUCAGGCUUAUUUUAUGGCUUGUUAUCAUUUUUAACAUUUUUUUUACCCUUUUCUGUGAACUCUGCCUAAUUCAUACAUUGUUUUUAACUGAUUGUAUUUGUUUUAGGCAUUUACUGGAAAAUAACUGUCAUAGGCAUCUCCUUUUUUUUUUUGUUUUGUUUUGUUUUUCUUACAGAUAUAGGACCCGUAAAGAGAAUAAUUGGUUUCAGUUAGAGUGUAAAUUAAUGCUUUUAUAUGAUAAACUUCAUAGUGUGUUAGUGAUUGCCUUAUGAUGACCAACAUGUCUAACAUUUUUCAUAACUGUGUCAUUAAAUUCAAUGACUCAAUCUGGAAAUGUAUGAAAAAAGACACAACAAACAUGAAUUUGAAAAAAGUCCAAAUCCAUGUUAAUCAGCAUUCCCUGAUUCACAGUGUAUUCAUCAAACCUGCGGCUUCCACGUCAGUGAUUUGAGUUGUGUUUCCAAUCAGAGUGAUUUCUAGCCCUGAGAAGCAGGUGACAAGGGACAGAGCUGAACCAAAGUCGUGUAACCAAGGACGAUCCUGUUUGUGGAGUCACUCUGACCCAAACCCGCCUCCACCUGAAGAAUACAAAGAGUCUGGUCGAUAGCGGUUGUUCCUCUCGGUGCUGUGAGUGAGUAAGUGUGACAAAAUGUAUUGAGGAAAGUAACAUUACUGGAGUUGUGAGUUCAAUCUGUUCGAGGUUUUCAAAGAUUGUAUAUUCUAUUUAUUGUAUGUGUGUCUCUGGUGUUUCAAGCCCAGGUGAUGAUGAUGAUGAUGAUGAUGAUGAUGAUGAUGAUGAUGAUGUUGAUGUGAUAAGUCCUGAGGUGGAAAACGUCAUUACAACAACAGCAAAGGCCUGUAGUGUCCUGUUGACUGGUUACUAAGUGUGUGUUAUAGCCUUGUGCACUGAACUCUACCUCUGCAUAGAGUUUUUACUUUCCUCUCAUUUAUUUCUUCCUCUCCUUAAUGACCAUUUUUGGAUUUUGACAAAUUCAGCUUGGAUCAUGACAGUUUCCUGCGCUAACGUCUGUCAACUGCUGUAACUGUGAUCUUUUUGUUCUUUUCCUUAAAUGGAUAUUUUCACUGUAAUCUGUUGUUCUUGUCGUUACUGUUCGUGCAUUUUUAGUUCCUCCUCAGUGAAUCAGUCUCUCGGUUCCUGUUCUCAGUUUGCCAAACUCAAAUCUUUCUCUGUAGGUUUACUAUGAUUUAAAGAACUGUUCAGUUCUUCUCUUCGGAAGCAAUGUUUAGAAAAUCUGUUUGAGAAUUAAACUUUAAAACCUUGCAGUAAA